AUGAAGCGGGGAAGAGAAGACGAAGAGAGUUCGCGACAUGAUGAAGAUGACGGGAAGAAUGGGGGGAGUGGUGGAGAAGGCGAGGAGAAGAAGGAAGCAAGAAGCAGGGGAGAUGAGGGUGACGGUGGUGGGGAGCCCGCGGGGGACCAUGUUAAGACGGCAUCGUCUCAGGCUGGGGUAGAAAGGGGGAAACGGGAGAGUGGAACAAGCGACCAAGAGAAGGUUAGGGAAAAGGAGGAGGAGAGAGAGGAGGAUGAGGAUGAGGAGGACUGUGUUAAGAUCGAAGAAGAUAAUGACGAGGAUGUUAAGAUAGAGGAGGAGAAGGAGGAGUGUAUUGAUCUUUUGGACGAAGAGGAGGAUGAUGGCGGUGACGAUAACGAGGCGGCUGAAAUCGAGGAUGUUUCGGAGGAGGAAGGACCAAGGAAGGUGAUGAAGCUGAGCGAAGCUGCGAGGAAAUCGCGGAAGCGUGACGUGGCGGAACGGGCGGGGGGCGGGGAGGAGGGUGCAGAGGACGGGAAGGGGGAGGGACUGGCGAAGAAAAAAAGAAGGAAAUUGGGGAACGGGAAAGUGGGUGAUAUGGAGAGGAGAGAAGGGGGGAAGGGCAGCGAGGUUCCAAAAGACGGGGGCGACGGGGGUAUGCAUGAGGGAGACGGGAACGAGGAAAGACAGGAGGAGAAGGAGCGGAGAGAGGAGAGCAGUGAUGGUAGAGAACCGAGAAGAACCGAGAAGGAUGGGAAGGGGGAACGUAAUCAGGUAACGGUUAGUAGAGAUGGUGAAGGGGGAGGUGGAGGAGGAGGAGAUGAGGAGGGGGACGACGGAGCUAGGACGCGUGGGGAGCAGGGGGGGCAGGGGGAGCAAGGGGAGCAAGGGGAGCAAGGGGAGCAAGGGGAGAAGGGGGGAAAUGGAGAGAAGGGGGACCAGGACGAGGGACGGGAGGGGGAGCAACGACAGGAAGAGAAGGAAGAGAAGGAGGAGAUGGGAGAGAAAAAAGGGGAGCAGACGGGGAGCAGAAGGGGGAACAGACGGGAAGCAUGGGAUAGCAAGGGGGGAAGCGCGGGGGAGAACGGUGGGGGAGGGGGAAGCGGCGGUGCGGGAACGCCUGGGAAGGAGGAGGACGGGGGGAGUGACGAGCAGACGAAAAAAGUAGGGGCGGGUGGGGAGGCUGAUGGGGCAGGUGAAAAAGCAGCUGUGGGGGGGGCAGCGCGGACGGCAGAAGGGGGGAAGAAGCGGAAAGGCCUCCCCCCACGCUCUAGGAAAACGGGCAAGAAGGGGGGAGGGAGAGGGGGGGCGCAUGGGGGGGCCAAGGGGGGGCUGGCUGGUGCAGGGGCAGCUGGGGGAGGGCCUAUAACGGGGAUGGGGGACAAGAGGAAGGAGGCGGAUCUGGUGAAGGUGGUACCUGCGCCCAAGGGGUUGGAGAUCGAAGAUGGGCCUGAUAAGCCGGUUGUCUUAUCACGAGUGUUCCGGGCGGCACAGAUCCAGUUGAGUGAGGAUCGAUUAUCGGCGACGAGUAGCAAGGGCUAUCGCAUGGUUCUAGCAACAAGGGGAGUGCUGGAAGGCGCGUGGUCACUCACUUCCCCACACUCCCCUCACUCCCUCCCUCCCCUCCUUCCCUUACUCCGUCUGCAGUUGAGUGAGGACCGAUUAUCAGCAACGAGCAGCAAGGGUUAUCGCACGGUGCUAGCAACCAGAGGGGUAAUGGAGGGCGCGUGGUAUUUCGAGAUCCACAUGCUGCAUCUGGGGCAGUCAGGGCACGCCCGCAUAGGCUGGGCCACACAGCGCGCCGACAUGCAGACUCCAGUGGGGUUUGACACGUGGGGGUUUGGGUUCCGGGAUGUGGAUGGGAGCGUGGUGCAUCAGGCAGUUAGGAGGGCGUAUGCUGGAGGAUCGCUGGAUUUUCCUCCGCUGCCUCCUUCCAGUGCUACUGUCACUGCUGCUGCUUCUGCUGCGGCUGCUGCUACUGCUGCUGCUGCUACUGCUGCUGCCGCCACUGCUGCUGCGCCGGCUGCUGCUGCCGCUGCCGGUGGUGACAUGGAAAAUGCACCUGACAGGAAAGAUCCACCUGAAAAUGCAUCUGCACACCCUGAAACCACUCACAACCGUUCCCAACCCCACCCUGCGGGAGACAUAAGCAAGCGGGCGCCGGGGUACGUGGAGGGCGACGUGAUUGGCUGCUACAUCAGCCUGCCAGGUGGCGCCAGGCUGGCACCCAAGCCGCGGCCACUGGUGACGUGGAAGGGGCAACCGUGCUACGUGGAGAGCGAGGAGAGUGCAAAAGGAGGGCCCCCUGUGCCUGGUAAGCAUUGCUCUUUCUUAUCAGCGCAUGGUAAGUGA